AUGGAUCCCUUUUCAGCAGAGGGCGAGCUUCUCAACAUCCACAAUGCCUUCCACUCCGGCCAGUACCAAGAGGUGAUCGACUUCGAGACCGCCGCACUCUCCCCAGAGAACCAGCUCCCGGCUCGCGUGCUCAAGCUCCGCGCUCAGAUUGCCACCGGCCAGGCUGCUGAGGUGCUCGCCACCGUCUCCAGCGAAGAAGAUACCCCCGACCUGGCCGCUGUCAAGGCCCUGGCCCAACAGGUCUUGGGCAAGACCGACGCCGCCCUUCAGCUUGCUCAGGAUCUUGCUGAGAACUACCCGGAUAAUGCGACCGUGGAGGUUCUCGCUGCUACAGUCCUGCAGGCACAGGACCUCAGUGAGGAGGCUCUGGCCCUUCUUGCCAAGCACCAGGGUAACCUCGAGGCUGUCUCCUUGAUUGUUCAGAUCCACCUUCAACAGAACCGAGCCGAUCUCGCGCUCAAGGAGGUUCAGGCCGCCAAGCGCUGGGCACAGGACUCGCUGCUGGUCAACCUGGCCGAGUCAUGGGUGGGCCUCAGAGUUGGUGGUGAGAAGUACCAGUCCGCUUUCUACGUCUACGAGGAACUCGCCUCCGCCCCUAGCACCUCCGCCCCGCUCUCCAUUGUCGGCCAGGCUGUCGCAGAGCUCCACCUCGGCCGUCUCCCCGAAGCCGAAGCCGCGCUCAACUCCGCACUGGAGAAAUACCCCGAAGACUCUGAGCUUAUUGCCAACUCUAUUGUGCUGAACGUGCUGUCAGGGAAGCCAAGCACCGAUCUGGAGGCCCGUCUCUCGCAGGUCCAGCCAUCACACGCCUUGCUCGCAGAUAUCCAGGAGAAGAGUGACUUCUUCGACGCCGCUGCGUCGAAGUACGCACCCAAGGUGUCUUCUUAA